CGCGGCGUGACGCCACUUCCUGUGUUUGCGGCUGAGGCGAGCAGCCGCCGUCGCGGGCUGCCGGCGGGGGAGGUCGCGGCCGCGCUGCGAGGAGGCCUCGGGCCCGUGUCUUCUGAACAAGUACUGAAAUCCCGCUGAUACUGGGGAAGACCCAGUCUUCGGGUUGGACAGAGGAAUAUCCAAAACAAAGGCUCUUUUUUGGUGGCUUUCCAGGCUAUUUCUUCAUUGACAAAUUCGGUUUUAAAUAGAUUUGGACGCCUGAGUUGUGCUCUGGAACAAUGCCCUUUUGCUUUAAGGAGUGCUCCUGAGUAAUUCCCCCGGUGACGGUGACAGGAGGUGUGAUGGCAGAUCAGGCGGAGAAGCAGCAGGUAUCAGCCAGGAGCGUGAGGGCAGCCUUCGUCGAUCUCCUUCCCUUCCCAGUUUUGGUUAGCUAGCUUACGUUUCUUUCACAGAUGAACAUUUUUGAUUUCUUCCGUUUCCAUUUUUGGUAGGUCAGUGUUUUUUCACGGUUUCUUACUCGUUGCCCUCUGCAGGCUUUCCGUGUACCUGCCAGUAACGUGAACGCAAAAGCCCUGUAGUUCUCGCCAGCUGCAUCUUGCGCUCCUUGGGGAGGGAAGAACAGACAGAGUUGUUUAACUUCUCGCCUUGAGGGAGCGAGCCCUGUACAGGUGGCUCUGCUUUCUUUUUCUUUUUUUUUUUUUUGGUAAGAAACUGAACUGCAUGGUAAAGCAGUGGGCCUGGCUGCCUUUUCUCUUGUAUGAAUGGCAUCCUCUGCUCCAAUACUCCCUGUACUCAAAUCCACUCUGCCCUCUAACAUCAGGACAGGAUGUUUGCUGUAAACAUGAGAUGAAUAAACUCAGCCUUCUGGAAUGCUGAUUUUUAUUAGAUUCAUCUCUUGGGGAUGCUGUGGUAGUAUUAAUGUAAUGAGUUUAAACGUUGCUAUUUAAGUACGUUUUGUUAACUUUAAUUAUUGUAAAUUCACAUUUUUCGUAAAACGUGUUUCAGGAGCCUGUGAAAUUAAACUUUUUGAUAACUUUCCCGUGCUCGAGUAAGUGGAAGUUAAAAAUACUGAGGAUUUUUGUGUAUCUUAGUCUUGUGCCACACUGGGAAGAAAACUCUGUUAAUGCUUACAUUUGUCAGAUCAGUUGUAUUAACCACAGACUUCAUACAGAUCUUGCUUUGCAUUACUGCAGCCAUCAGAAUCAAGGUAACCUGUGGUUCAGUAGUGAUCGUAAAUCUCAUUUUACAAAGAUUUUGUGGGGUGCAGGGUUUUUUUUAUGUUUGUACCUGUACAGCUCUAGCACAACGGCCCGGGGACUGCUCCUGGUCUCAGUUGAGUUCCAUCUGGCACAUCCAGACAUUGUUGCUGGAACCGACAAAGAUCUUUUUUGAUUUUGUUAGGAAUUGGGCCAAGCAUUUAGGACAGGUAUAGCUUUCUGUGUUGUUGAGUAGGACUGGGUAAAAUUUAUCUGGUUGUUGUAUGUGUGGUGCUCUCUGUUGAAGGGUUGAGGUGCAGUGUUUUCUGUGGCAAACAGGACGUUUGGGUUGACCUCUCUGUACUCUUCUUUUACAAGAGUUGCUUGGCGAGACGCGGUGGGCAAGUCCGUGCAAUUCAGGGAUCCCACUUGAAAGCUGUAGCCUGUGAGCAAAUCAAGUGGCUGAAUUCCAUGUGAGGUUUGUUUGUUAAAGACUGAAAAUAUUAAGGUAUGUCUCUGAAUUUCCUGGAUUGUAAGUAAUAAAAAGCAUAGCAAAAGUAUCCUAGCUACAUAAAAAUCAGAUGAAGAAAUAGUAGAAAACUUUGGGAGUGCGUGUUGCAUGCCUUUCUUUUUAUGGUCCUGGAUCUGCAUCAGUACUACUCGUAGUAGUCUUGUUUAUUCUCUGAAGGAGCACAAAAUCCCAUCAGGUCUGACUGACCUACUGCUUUCUAAUAAAAACUCUUGGAAUGUGAAAAACCGUAUUUUUUGAAUCACAGGGUGUAAUUCUCCAAGAGCCUCAUGCGCGUGCAUCACCUGUGAACACAGCAGAGGCAUCUCUCAGUUGCGUGGUGGCUGCUGGGUUGGUGAGAGCCGGGCUGGGGCAGGGCUGGCUUCCUGCGGCGCCAGCGGGGCGUGAUCCUUCAGCUGCGUUCAGAGAAAGCAGGAUUUGAAAGACCCAUCUAUUGUGAACAAGACAACUGCUGAAACAUGGUGGAUUACUAUGAAGUCCUGGGAGUGCAGAAGCAUGCCUCACCAGAAGAUAUUAAAAAAGCGUACCGUAAAUUGGCAUUAAAAUGGCACCCUGACAAAAAUCCGGACAACAAAGAAGAGGCAGAGCGGCAAUUUAAACAAGUGGCUGAGGCCUAUGAAGUUUUGUCAGACGCUAAAAAACGUGACAUCUAUGACAGAUAUGGAAAAGAAGGCUUAAUAAAUGGAGGUGGAGGUGGAAGUCAUCAUGAUAAUCCAUUUGAAUUUGGAUUUACAUUCCGUAACCCAGAGGAUGUCUUCAGGGAGUUUUUUGGUGGAAGGGACCCUUUUUCGUUUGACUUCUUCGAAGAUCCUUUUGAAGACUUUUUCGGGAGCAGGCGGGGUCCAAGGGGAAGCAGAAGCAGAGGCGGUGGAUCGUUUUUCUCUGCUUUUGGUGGAUUCCCUGGUUUUGGAAGUGCUUUUCCUUCAUUUGACACAGGUUUUACUUCGUUUGGUUCACUGGGACAUGGAGGUCUCACUUCGUUCUCCUCCGCAUCGUUUGGUGGCAGUGGGAUGGGUAACUUCAAAUCAGUAUCAACCUCAACUAAAAUAGUCAACGGCAGAAAAAUUACUACAAAGAGAAUUGUUGAGAACGGACAAGAGAGAGUAGAAGUUGAAGAAGAUGGCCAGUUAAGGUCGCUAACAAUAAAUGGUGAGGCAGACGAAGAAGCCUUUGCCGAGGAGUGCAGACGGAGGGGACAGCAUGCCCUGCCUUUCCAGCCCACCAACACUCGCCUGCUGAAGCCUCACAAGCCUGCCAGCUCCCCCAAAUAUGCCUAUCAUUAUAAUAGCGAUGAGGUGGAAGAGCAAGAUAGAAGCCGAGUUACAAGCAGCUUGGAGACCCCUUUUUAUUUAUCAGGAUACAAAGAAGGCAGCAAGAGGAGGAAGCAGAAGCAGAGAGAGGAACAGAAGAAGAAGAAGUCAACCAAAGGGAGUUACUAAAACGGACUUCUCUGCUGUGCCAAUACCUUUACAAUAACAGCAACUUACGUUACAUUUGAGCACAACUCUUCUGAGUAUAUAUAUAUUUUUUUGAUUGUUCACACUGCUAGUAAGGAAGUGACUCAUGUUUAAAACUGUACUAAAAUUGCACUAUAUUAUUCUUUUUAGUUUCACGGAGUGGCUUUCUUGCCAGUCAGGUUAAGGAAUUUGGACGAGGCUGAACUUGGUUAGAAGUGUGUUAUGUUUGACGAUUGGAAAACAUUACAGAAUCUCUUACCUCUUCCUUCCCUGGGACUAAAACUACUCUAGUCUAGCAUUUAUUUGUUUUGUAGGUUAUAGACAGUUGUGCAAAUGCCUGCUUGUCCAGUCACUCUAGCGUCAACAUCAGGCUUGUUGAAAGAGUUAAACAUCAAUCCCGUUCCUUCAUGUCACUGGGAGUCGGACUGAGACAUGCUCUCAUGUGGUAAUUUAUGCAGACUUAAUAAAUGACUUCUAUGUUUUUUUCUCCCAAGCUGGGCAGCAAAGGUUUGUCCCUACUAUUAAAAUGUUCCUUCUUUUUAAAGUGUAUCAUGAAGUUAUAUCCUCUGGUUUUAAGAAACUUAGUGUAAUGACGGUCUUCUGUAACACUUCUGCUGAUUUCUUUAAGCGUAGUUGACUCCCGGUGAAUCAUUUAGUGAAAUCAUUCCUUAUUUUAAAAUUUUGUUUUCAGAAGCUAGAGACAAAUGAUCUAAGUGCUACUUUAAAACUGCUCUUUGUUUCUGUUGAGUAGCUUUUAGAUAAUGAAAAUAUUUCAGGAUCUGCGUAAGAUUUUGUCUUUUUUUUUUUUUCUGCAAAGAACUUGCAUCUUUAUGUAUGAAACCAUUUUGCAUCCGUUUUAUUGCAGGACUAAUUUUUUUUUUUGAAAACAUGUCUUCAGUUUAAAAGAAAUCUACAUUUUCUGGCUAGAUUACUUCCUUGCUUCCCGUAAUCGUCUCAUGUGCAUGAUCCAUUGCUUCUCUUAACCUUUUAGUUUGUCCAGAGCCCUUCUGUUGCCUUAAGCAUUUACCUGCAUGUUUCUUGUCAGUACGUUGCCUCCUCUUUUUAACCUUCAGGUAGGAGUUAUCAGCUCAUGGUUUUGUUUUGUUUCUCGUGUCUUCCUCUUGCCAAUAUGUUGUUGAUGUAACAGACUGAAACCUAGCAAUACUGAAAGUCCACAGUUCCUGGAGAAACUCACUCCCUCGUGUAUGAAGCGAUACACAUAAUGGUGUAAGGAAGAAGCUAAACAGAAAAAAAUCAAGUCUGCAUUUUAGCAUGGUUUGAUAUAACAAAUUCUGGUGUCUGUGGUAUCUGAAUGGUUUAGCUUCUAAUGCUUACAUUACAGAACAUAAUCUUACGCAAACAUAUAACCAUACAUGAACUCUGUUAGGGUAUUUAAAUUAAGGUUAAUAUGAAAUAAGCCUGAGUACCAUUUUUUCUGUCACUUAAGUACCACUUUUUCAUUUUUGUGCAGUGUUACUAAUAUUUAAAAAUAAAGAAAAUUCUCC